AAGAAAUGGUGAACACAUAGUCAUCACGGUCAACAAUAGAUUUUCACGUACGACUAACGAUUUCUUGCAAAUAUGAAAAAAUCUAAGAGUCGGUCUCAAGCUUCAUUAUCAGUUUCUAAAUCUAAUGUGCAACUACCGGAAGAGGUUUAUGUACCACCUUUAGACGUCCUACGUGUUAAAGUGUUGAAUUUGCAAAUGACGGAUGAUACUCCCAAACUAUACUCCAUCAAAGUGGUAUUUUUUGAUCAACUAUUGCUCAAUGACAUUAUCAAAUCUGUUGGGACUCGUGAACAUGUUAUAGAGAAAAUGCUAAUCCAAGGGAGUAUGAAUUUUGAUCCCUCUGACUAUGAAAAAAUGUCCCUUAUGGCUGAUUGUCCUUUAGUUGUUAACACACAACCUCUGAGUAGUGUACCAAGUGUAAAUAACUCUGACAUGGCUUCUCCGCCUUCAUAUGAAAUAAACAAAUCUAGGUCCUCAACGAAACCAAUUCCGGGCAUCAGUUGUUGCAAUGUGGAUAUUCUUCCGCUAUUCAUAGAUAAAGAUAAAAUUAAGGUUAAAAAGCGAUUGGAACCGAUGAUUAAGCCUCCAUUACUUCAACGACAGAGCUGGGACAACCUUCCCUUAUUAACGAUGGAACUAUCCGUGAUUCGCAAUGAGUUGAAUGCGGAACAUCACAUAUUUCUGAAACAAGCAAACUAUAUGAAUAUUACUCUACUGGGUGCUUAUAAUAUGCCCAUUAACAUAAAUAAUGACGAAUAUAUUUGCACAGCAGCAACGAAGACGACACUAUACAAUGAAACGAAUACAGGGCUCGUUACAUUUAAUAAUGUAGAAAGACUGGCAAAGAAAUUUGACGCUCUCAAUUUCUAUCCAAAAUGGGAGUAUUUAAAUACUGGUGAUAAUUUAUUUACUAAAGGAGAUGAAAAAUUCGUUUGCGACUUAAAUCAAAUUCAAAAUGAAGAGAAUAUAGACCUAGCAUAUUAUAUGUCUAAGAACAGCAGUGCAAUAAUAUGGGGGUCAUUUCAUCGUACUCUGCUACUACCACACGGCGAGAAAUGGCUGACUGAACACCUGCGUCGGUACUGCUGGCCAUUCGAGGUCCACCUCUACGGGGAGCAAGGCGGCCUUAGCUUCAUGGCGUUUUUGCAGUUAUUCCGCUUGUUAUACCCAGGAGAACACACAGCGAGAAUUGCGGUACCACUACAUUGGGUGAACGCAGAGGCAAUGCACGAUAAGUGUUACUGCGAGUUGCUGAUGACGCCUAAUACAACACAGUUACAGACCAAUUCAACUCUGACGAGUUCAACGGAAUUGAGUGCUGCAAUGCGACCCACAGGAGAAGAUGAUAACAGUGCCUUUAUUGUAGUCGAAGUCAGACUGGCAAGACCAUUAAAACAAGCCGUUGUGCCAUCCAUCAUACCGAGUUCUGACCUUCAUGAUAUGCUGAAAAAUGCGGAAGAAGAACGGACCAAACGUGAAUGCACUGGCCGCGGACAACUGGAUAGAGAAUGGCAAAGAACAGUGAAAGCUGGAGAAAUCUCUUUACGCAAAGUCCCGCAUUAUGGUAUGACAGAAUUUUGUACAUUUAACCGGCAGCUGAGCGAAACUCGGACGCGCGUGGAGUUAAUGACAUCCUGUUGGUUGAACGCAGCCGUUUAUGUUAAUAACAACUUUGUUGUGCAAAGUUUUUUGGGAUCGGAAGAUACGUAUGAGGAAAUGUUGAUGAUGUCACAUGCAUGCUUGACUCGCAUCGCUUGCCACACUCUCCUGGGCACUAAUAACCAACCAGAUAUAGAUCCAACAUUGCGAGCUGCGCGGCACGCCCGCCAAAUACAGGAUGUCUCCCAUGCCACCGAACUAUAUCUGCAGCAUGUAGUAAACCAACCCAGGGGUGCAAAUGGAUGGCGAGAGCUAUCCACUUGUCUGAUGGAUGUGGACAUACACUGGGCUAAUGUCUGCAUCAACAAAUCCUUGGUACUAAAUCCCAGGCAUCGACUUAGUUUAUUAUCAAAAGCGUGCAAGUUAUACGAUGAAGAUCCAGAAGCUGCUGAAAUGUUCUUUCAGGCUAUUGUGUCUUUAUUUCCGUUCUGGUCAACGGGCUGGGUCGUCGCGAAUGUGUACUACGUGAAACGAAAACUGUUUCAUAUGGCUGAUCAAGCUAUGAAAUAUAUGAAAAAAACCAUGGAGGAUGGUUUGUCAGAACAUCUGGAAGCUGUUGGAUGGGCUCAGGAACUGGGAGACUGGUGGGAUACCACACCAUUACUUCCCGGGAUGAACCCGUACUAUAUCGCUACAGACCUUUUGCUAAGGCUACGAUCUUUUACACUAGCAGAAGUUUGCCUAUCUCGCGGUGUUGCGGAAACUGGGGAAACCGCAUUGUUCUACCACCUACUGGCCUUGUGCUGUCGGCUGCGUGGCGAUAUAGACGAGGCCUUAUGCCAUCUACAGUUGGCCAUCGAUAAAUUCGGAAAUGUUAUCUACCUGCGAGCAUUACAAGCCGAAUGUUAUCACAAAAAGAAAAACUAUGCUGCUGCGAUGGGGUCCUACGAAAAAUCAGGCAGUAGUUUAUGCGCUUACAGCAUUCUUCUUUCGUUACCGUGUUGGGAGAAACUUCGGGCUCGAUCCAUACUCCUGGACCUUAUUCGACGUCAACCGAGUGCCUAUGCCUGGGUUGCCCUUGCGGAAGACUGGUUACAACAGACCGCUACCGCUGAAGGAGGUGACGCUGAGGUCACAGAUCAGGCUGGAAUACUAACAUGCGCUGCUGCGUGCGCUGUCCAAGCCUUAAAGUGGGAUCGGCAGGCAGGGCGAGCGUGGGCCCUGCUGUCGAGACUAGUGGCGCCCUCUGCACGCCGCAAAUACUGCCUGAAGAUGGCCCAAUCCUGCGAUUAUGAAUUCACGGAAAAAAGAAAUGAAUCCAGCAGCGAAUCUCAACAGUCUCUAUGCUACCGCCUUGGCAAGGUCCUGCGGGACUGUCGCUGUUUUAUGUGUGAACAUUUCAAGAUUUAAAUUUAAUGACGUAAUUUAAUUACUUUUUAAUUCAUACUUCUAUUUCUACCGUUAAUGAUGUAAAUAAAUGGAAAACAAUAAUAGAA